GAGUUCGGUUGGAUUUGAACUAAUUAUACGAUAAAUAUAAUACAAUUAUAGUGUAAUUAGCGUAUAGUUUAGAAAAAAUAACCAAUUAUAGAUAUACUUACUCCGUAUUGAUAUGGAUAAGAAUUUUUGUGUAGGGGGACAGGACUAUUCCGAAUAGGAACAUGGUUGAUUGGGGGGUGGGGGUGCCUUAAGGAAUAGGUAAUUUGCACAUGAACUAAGUCACUCUGGUAUGACCAAAGCCUCAACCUGACCUUCAAAGCAAAGGUGGUUUCUUUGCUUCCCAAUGUCAAAAGAAGUACAGUAAAUCACUUAAAAGAUAUUAACCCAAAACCUCACUUAAAAAACCCAUUAAUCAGAAUCCAUUUAUACUUCCAAAUCCCACAAUCAUCAUGUGCUCUCAUUCUCAUCUUCCGCCUAUGAACCAGGAACUAAUUUGUCCUAACAUAUAUAUAUGCACAUCCAUGUUGUUCCUCAUCUGUAACUCCACUAUUUUAAACAACUUAGUAUUGGAAACUUGAGAAGAAACAUGGAGUUGGAAAGCAAUCAUGAUCAAGAACAAAAACAAAGAUCAGUUUCUGUACUUCAAGGUGAUGGAUAUUGCAUCAGUAGAAUUCUUGCAAGGGAGUCGUCGGUAGGCCAAUCUUCCCGUAUAUUCUACCGAUCAGCCGAAGGAGUUCCCUUCAAAUGGGAAAUGCAGCCAGGGACUCCCAAGAAUCCACAAGAACAAGAUGUCAUACCACCACUCAGCCCUUCUCCACUCAUGCAGAGCUUAGGGCUCCCUCUGCCUAAUCUGGACCAUGAUGAGCCUAAAGAGACAACUGUAAGAACGUCUAGAUUUUGGAGUUUGAAGAAAAUGGUGAAGAAAACCAUCAAUCUUGAUUUGAGGAGAAGUAAACAGCACGAGAGCUCGAGGUUCGGAGAUUCUGGUGGAGAAUUUGUGGGCUCAGCUGAGAAUUCGAGCUUUUCUUCCGAUGCUUCCUCGUCUUCGUUCUUGGAUUCGUCUACCGUUGAUGGCCCUUUUUGCUGCAGCCCGUGGAACAUCCCGGUCAUACUGGUACCUGUUGCAAGAUGAGUUUAGUUUGCUUCUGUUUUAUGUGCAUGAUAUUUUGCUCUUUUGGUACUCUAAUUCUUACUUAUCAUACUACUUUUUUCAAUGUAUAUGAUGAUCGGAAAGAUUACAUGUGCUUGUGUAGAUGCAUGAUUUAGUCAGCUUGUAAUAGGAUCAUUAUACAAACAAUCUUUGUCUCGAGAUCUUUAGACAGGUUCGCUCUAGGAAAUUGCAUAAUCUGUCUGAAUUUCUCUAUUUCGAUUUAGUUUCAAGAAACUCUACUUCAUGAACCAAAAUUGAUCGUCUUAUGUUGUUUCCUCCCUGGAAUUUAUCAAAUAGGAUGAAGGGUCCACAAAGAUAUACUAUUGCAGCCAGCACAAGACAGCAUUUUCUGUGGAAGAAAAUGGUUCAUUUCUCACAAGAAUUCUUUCAAGAAUCUCUACUGGAGAUCAGUUCUCCGGUCCUCUAAACAAUGAAAUCACCCCUGCCGGAGUUCCCUUCCAAUGGGAAACGCAG